AUGGCUACCUCGUUCCAGCCUACUGUUCAUUACACCUUUGGGUCUCCGCAUUCUCCGAAUGCACCCUUUGGUCCUCGACGUGUAUCAACUACGCUGGAACACGAUGAUGUCUCGAUCAGUGUCUCUCAGCCUUCUGGAUCCAGAAGAGGCUCGAGGAAGUCCACGUCUGGGGACACAUCGAAACUUGCCAACAUUAUCAACACCCUAACACGUCGUAGUAACGAUGAUAUGGACGCCAUGCUCUCAACCAAGCUGAUGAACGCGACUCACCCUAUGUUGUUGGAGUGGAUUCGCUCGGAAAGAAUGAGCAAACUCCCUCCCGAAGGAAGCGGUUACGAUAGAGUAUUGGUCUGGGCUUCGUUAUUCGUUGAACGAUUGCACUCGUUUGAAUUGGCCGUCGAGGAAUUCGCGGGAGACAGCCCCAUGGCUGCCCAACUUGCCUAUGGACAUUGCGCGGCAUUGCUCGAGCUGGGAGAGGAAAACGCAUCCGCGUUGAUGCUAUUGUUCGGUUUCUUCUGCAGCUGCUCGAUAGAAUUAGUGAACUUGUUGGAUCGAGCGGAAUUGUUUUCCGUGUCUCAGGAUAUCAAAGAUCAACUGGUGCUUGCGUUGGCCGACUUGGUCACCCUGGUCGUGUCUGUCGCGACGCACUUUCAUAGAUCAUUACGAGGCCUCACGUCGGAGUCGGUGUCUAUCGAUAUCUAUAGCACGUUUCCAGGGCCCAUUGAGAGCUUCUGUAAUCGGUGCGAGCACGUUUCCGAGUUAAUGUGGAGACACCAGCUCCUUCGCGAGGGCUUUGAUGGAGAUAAAGUAUCGGACAUAAAGGCUAUCAAACGCUGGCUAGAACCGGAGGACCCAGUUCUAGAAAAUGUGGCUGAGCCCAUGGCACAUCUCGCUCGGGAGCGUGAGACACUGACCUGCCUUUGGUUGACACCUUACUUGAUGCGGUUUAUGAAGGGAGGUCAAAGUACACUUGCCAUCAGUGGCAACCCUGGCUCGGGAAAGACGAUAUUGUCAUCCGUUAUUGCGGAUCAACUGCAAUACACAAUCGGAGGUGUGAAGUAUGCGUCGAUAUAUGUUCCAAUCAAUGCUCGGAUUCCCGCGACCUCUGUCACUCAUGCGAUUGUCGCGUCCAUUCUACUUCACCUAUUUGAUAAACGCAUAGGCAAUGUGCGCCUGUACCAGAUCCUUGCAGACGCGUACGACUGCUGUCAGAAAGCGACAGAUGAAGAAGCAUAUGAUAAUAUUCUCUGGACAGCUCUAGGCCAUGCUCUAAAAUCAGGUGCAAAAGGCGCGAGGGAGCUUGUCCUCAUUGUUGAUGGCAUGGAUGAGGCAUCUUGUGGAGAAGCGGUCCUGUUUAAAAGGCUGCAAGAAGCAACAGCCGACAACGUAAAGCUCAUCACACUUGGCUCUCAGCAUCACGCCACAACAUCCACUCAAGUUAGCCUACGCAUUACGCCUGAUCUUGUCUUUGAUGAUAUUGCUGCCGUGGUGCGAAGUAUCCUGAGGCAUCGCCAGUUUUUCGUUGACAUGUCCGAGGGAAAACGGGAAGUCGGUGUGAACCGAAUUACCCAGGCUGCUGAAGGCUCGUUUUUGUGGGCAAAGCUGGCUGCCGAACGGGUCGUAGACAACACGCACAAUACACAGGCGUCUUUUAAGGCUGUGGAUCACCUUAUAAAAGCGCGGCUAACUGUCACGGACCUUGUACAUCGCAGUACACAGUCGAAAUCUCUGAGCGAGGAUGGAAAGAAAGUCCUUAUCUGGCUUGCCACAGCCAGUCGGCCUCUUUCUGAACGAGAACUGUCAGCUCUCCUUUCGAUCCAAGUUGACAAGAGUGUAGUGGUAGAGCAGACCACCGAUCUUUCUCCACUGCUCAAACCAAUAAACUCCUUGAUAUUUCUCCAGAGAAAUUUGGUCUACCUACGGCAUGGACAGAUACGAACAGCCAUUCUGGAUCUGUUCUCGCAGGGCAAACUCUUGGCAGGGAUUAAGGACAGGAACAUCGAUAUGGUGCAGAGGCUGCUAGUUUACACGAAGUGCCAUAUCACCAAUGAGUGUGAGCCUUCAUUGUCUCCUUUAGACCCUCAUUUCGCUAGAGACUUGAUGGAAAAGUAUCCUCUCCUGGACUUUGCCCUUCGCUACUGGAUCGACUUCACAAAAAGGGCAUUCAAUUGCCACACCGAAGGGGAAAUCACGACUGCAGCAAAAGAGCUUCGCCAUGCCAUUCCUACCAGCCCAAUCGUACCUCUACUCGAAAUGACUGUCUGGGAGACCAAAACAACCCCGGCCCUAAUGUCCCUGCACGAGGUUGAAACUCGUCUCUAUCAGCAGAUACUGACAGCAAACCACCCCGCAACUCUGCAGACAAUCCUGUACCAGGCACUCUCCUAUAGAAGGAUUUAUGAUGCGUUGCCCUCUAAAGCCGGCUGGGUGUUCUACUACGCUGCGAAAAUCAGCCAGGAUGUUCUCUCCGUCCGCCACUUUGUGACAAUGCAAAUGGCCAAGUAUUUCCUUGAGAUUACAGGCGAGCACGUUACCAAGUCGAAGACGGAGAUAAUGAUGAAACGAGUUGAAAUUCUCCAGCUGCUGGUGGAAUGCUACAAGAUCCAUUACGGAUCAGCCAGCCAGAUCACCAUGACGGCCACGAGCCAGCUUGCGGAGCACUACCACUUCAUCGGCGAGGAGAGCAAAGCCCAGGAGCUCACCCACUCUCUUCAAACUACUUCCUCUGAAAGCGACGUGCGCCGACAGUCCGAGGAUUCGCUGCGUGUCAAUCUACGUAGCCAUCAUGCCAACGAUACAGUAUCAGGGACAACCAUUGACAUGGACAUUCAAGAAGAAGACCAGAUCAUUGAGUCUUCGGGGUAUAAUCUUGAUGAUCUGAUUACCCAGGCACAGAAAUACAUCGUGGAGGGCAAACUUCAAGCCUCCGAACGCACUUACGUCAGAGCUUGGCAGCGAACAAGCAAUGAGUACCGGCGUCAUCGUUCGGGAGAAUGGGAAUACAUGAAUGUCAAGGCUGUUCUGGCGUAUUCUCGCUUCCUCCAAAGCCAGAAGCGGAACUGUGAAGCGGCAUCCGUGCUUACGGGAUUCUGGCAGGAAUAUGAUCGGCUCACGUCCGGUUCUGAGGCUGUUGUGUCUCAGUUUCUGGAGGUUGCGAAGCUCAUGAAAUCAGUCGGUCUCACUGCGCUGGCUCUAAGUGUUAUGAAGAGUUGCGCACAGUUUUAUCAAAAUUCGGGUAACCGCCAGAGUGAAAUUUACAAAAGUAUCCAGCAGAACAUCGAGUCCACGUCCAAGGAAGUGAUGCAGAUGGCCAACACAUCGACAACUGCGGUCACCGAGUCAAGUCUCAAGGAAAUGGUUUAUAAUAGCGCGGCUACCCUGGAUCAAGCAUCCAUGUCUGCAACCAAUAGUCUGGUUAAGAUGUACAUCUCACAGCACAGAUGGCACGAUGCUACCAAGACUUUAAAGAAAGUCUUGCAAAGCAUUUGGCCGGCACUAUUCGCUGUUUCAUUACAGGAUGUUGUUCUUCCAGCCAGCCAGGCUGAUCACUGCGUUGCACUCGCGGAGCAGCUGGGGGAUUGUUACCGUUCCCGACGCCGUGCAGCGAAGGAAGAAGACAUUCGGCAGCGAGUCUACCGUGCUGUUCGACGAGAUCGACAAACGGGCGACAGACUGCUUGAACGAACCACAGCGGGCCUACUUCGUCUGUAUGAACGGACCUCACAAUUUGAAAAGGUCAUCGAACUUCACGGGGAGAUGCUCGCUGACUACACCAAACGCUAUGGGGCCGAGCACCCGACAGUUAUCAAAAACCUCUGGACUCUGGCUGAACUUAGCCCGAGACAUGUAUCGCUUGAUUACUAUCGACGAAUUAUCGAGGCAUUGAACAAGAGCUCAGAGGGUUUCCAUCCGGACGCUUUUGAGCCUCUUGUCAAUGUGUCGACCGAGCUGUGGGAUCAGGGACGAUACUCGGAGGCGGUGGAGCACUAUAGGGUCUUGUUUGACACUUUACGCAAUCCUAAGAUCAGCCCCAAGCUUCAGGACCCGGCAUUUGUACAGAUCAUGUUCGCUCGUUAUUUACGUUGUCUGCGGGCGACCCACAUUGAUUCAAGUGUACUACACGACGUCGCUGCAGAGUAUCGCCGUAAAUGCCAGUCCUUAUUUGGAGAAUCUGCAUCAAUCACUAUGCAGGCAACUGUGACCCUGGCCAAUAUCUGCCAAGAGUCCAAGCGCUACGAGGGUGAAGCUGUUAAUCUCUACGAAGAGCUCCUUCUGGCGAAAUCAGACGAGGUCGAUAAACAAGACAUCCGGGCAAUGCUAGAUGCUAUCUACGAGGAACAGGCGGCUGUGGCGACCACAAAGACAGACUCUAUCACGUCGUCACAACUAGCAAGAGUGGUCUCGAUUAGAAGCCGACGUCUCACAUCGGUCCGAUCUAGCCAUGGAUGGGCCCACGAGGAAUCUCUCGCACAGAUGGAGGAAUUGAUCUCCAUCUACUCCAAACGCGGUGAUUCCCAAGCGGUCGUCUGUUUGCUACGAGAAGCCACGGUGCAGGUUCUGUCGACGGAGACACUGUCGACCAGGUUAACCGACGCAGCAAAGAGCAUUGCCUCCUGCUUUAUUGCCUCAGAUGAGAUCCAGCAAGGGAGAGAGCUCGCGCAGGAGCUGUUCCGGCAGAUUGUUGCCAAAGAUACCACCAAUGCCAGGAUUGUUAGCUUCGACCUGUCGUCGCAGCCCCGCCACAGUCUUAUAUUCCUGGCACAAAUGGAGUACAAUCUCAGUGAAGACAACUCGCUUAGUGUUAACGAGAUCCUCUCGUCCCUGACAACUGAAUACCUAUUCUACGAACAGCUGCUAGAGGAGCUCUCCAGUAGCUCUAGCAGCGUAAAGGAGGUGAUAACAUGCGCCGCUCGCCUUUAUGGCUUCCUUCUCGCCCGUAACCGUCAGUGGAGCGCGGCUCGCCUGGUCGACCAAUGCACCUCUUACUUACUUUCCGUCGAGGAUCAGAAGCACUCCAACCCUGCACAGGUCAGCGAAUUCGUCACGACCCUUCUAGAGUACUUCGCCACGCACUCAUCUCAAGACUUCCUCCGCUCCGUGGCCAUCGCCAGCCACAACCAGGUCCGCCACCUCCUCUCCAAGCAGGAAUACCAAGCUGCCUGCGACCUCGCCCUCACCUCAUUUGCGUACAUUCAGUCCCACAACGGCUAUUCAUCCUCGGCGACCAUGAUGAAGCUUGCCUUCCAGCUUGGCCUGUCCAUUUCCGGUGGCGAUCUAUCCCCCGCUCCAGACCCAGACAGCAUUACCGGUAUGCUCCAUGUCUCCUCAGCCAUCCUGCACGAGACCCUCUCCCUCUUCCGGGAGAAGCAAAUCGACGUGACGCAGCUAAACCUCACCACGCUUAACAAACUCAUCGGCCUCCUUGACGACCAACACGACUACCACACCCUCGCAUGGGUCCUUACCUCCCUCUGGGACAAUCGCGAAACUCACCGCUCCUCCCAACCGCAGUAUAUCUUGGCCCUGGGCCGCAUGCUCAUCAUCACGCGGUACCUCGUACAGGAUUACACCGGCGCGAUCCGUCUCGCAGAGGACAUCGUGUACAACUGCGCACGUGUGUACGGACCCCGCCACCCAGCGACGGUGGAAAUGACCAUCCUGCUCUCACAGAUGUACACCAGCGUGGCACAGGGGUACCAGGGGCAGAAAGAGGGACGCGACAUGGCAUUCCGGUAUUAUCGGAAAGCAGCUGCGUUGCACGAGAACGCGCUGCGGAUCUUCGUCGACCCGACGCUGUCCUUGGAGAUGGAGGAAGAACAAUUCACCUCCGAGUUUGUCUCUGACGAGCGAUCGCGGUCCCCCAGUCCGUGCAGCGGCGGAGGAGACGGUGGGAAAUAUGUCCGACAGCAUCUGCAUCUCCUGAAGCUGGCGGUGGAGCGACUCGGCGAGUGGCCGAAGGAGUAUACGGAGUAUGAGCGGCUCAGCUCGGAUGUGUUCCGGACAUAUGGGGAGGAGUUAGCCGGGAUGGAAGGGGUGGAAAAGUGGAAUUUAAAGAAUUAUGGAUCUGGCAAGGCAGAGGCGACCGAUGAUUUGAUUGAUGUGGAGGGGUAUCAGGAGAGACAUGCCAUUACAGUAUACUCGGACGGCCAGGAAUCCGGGCACCGAUACCAAACAGAGUCGCACACCGCGCCGGACGGAUCGACGGUGGUGCGCACAGCGGAGCAGAAACUUGGCGAGCCGCCAGUAUAUGAGGAAUGGAGAUACGAUAGUCAAGGACAGGAGUAUCUUCCGUCGAGCGGAGGGGGACAGAAGAGGAUUACCGAGUUGGAUGAGGAUCAAAAACAGGAUGAAGAGUAUCAGAAUGAUGAUGAACAGAAUGAAGACGAGCAGGAUGAUGACGUGCAGGAUGAGUAUGAUUUUCAGGAUGAGGAAGACUAUCCAGCGGGUAGCACGCGAGAUCGGAAGGGAUGGUGUUAG